AAGAAUUAAUUUGUCAAGUUGUUAAAUCAUUUGAUUAUGAAAUGAUAAGAGAAAAAAUUGAACCAUUUUUAUUAAUAAAUUGCUUUGAAAGAGAGGUAAUGGAAUUUAUUGUAUUGUUUUUAUUAAAGAUGGAGUUACCUUUGGUUAGAUGGUUUAUGGAUAGUAGAGAGUUUAGAGUUUACUAUAGAAAUAAUGUUCAGGAGAUGGUUGAUCAGUAUGCUACAAGAUAUUAUGUAAAUAGAUCAACUUAUAGAUCAGAUUAUUCUGCAGAUGUGGUUAUAGAUAUAUUUAAAUACUUGUUUGGAUAUGAUUCACAAAAUAGAAUCGGUGUUAGUAAUGACGAUUUCAAUAGUCAUUUCAACCCAAUUUAUAAUAACCUUUACAAGAUACUAUUACAAUGUAAAGACACAAAUUUAGAACAUGUUAAAUUUGUAAAUGAUUUAUUCAUUUUAAAUCAAAUUCCAUUGGAGAUUGGAUUCUAUCAUGUGUUUUAUUGGUGUAUGAUUAAGUCUACUAAGCUUGGUAAAUACAUUCUAGGAAAGCAACAAUUGGUUCAUUCAAAAUUCCCAGUUUCCAAAAUACUUUAUAAAUAUUAUUUCGAAUCUAGAUAUAAUAAUAGAUUCCUUAAUAAUCAUAAAAUAUAUCGAUAUUUGAAUCACCAAAUCUUUAACUUUAGUGUUGUGUACAAUAGUAGUAUUAAACAGUUAUUCUUUUUAUUAAGAUUUCAAUUAUCUCUUCAAUUCUGUGCUGACCAUAGAAAUCUUUCCAAAGGUGACCAACUUAAAGUUUACAAUGAAGAUUUCCAAUACCUUUUAUCAAUUGGUAGAUUGGAUAUACUUUUCGAUAUUAUUAGAGACUAUCCUGAAACUAAACCACCACUAAAUGAUUACAAAGAUAAUCUAGUUAAAGCAAUGAAUAAGAAAUCUUUAAAACAAUUCAUUUCAAUCAUUGUAAAUAAAGAAUCAAUAAAUUCUUUUAAUCAAACUCUUAUUGAAAUUUUCAAAGUUGCAAUUAAAAAAUCAAAAUUACCUUUAAUUCAUUAUUUACUUUCAAAACAUUAUAAAAAUUUAACUCAACAAAUUUAUCAACAUCAAACUCAAACUCAAUUAUUUAUUCAACCUCAAACUCAACAACAAUUUUAUAAUCAACAACAAUAUCAACAAUAUCAACAAUUACAAUUACAACAACAACAACAACAACAACAACAACAACAAUAUCAAUAUCAACAACAACAACAAAAUAAUAUAGAACCAAUUGACUUACAGGAUGAGUUACAACAACUACAACAGCUACAGCUACAACAACAGCAACAACAACUACUACAGCAACAACAACAACAAAUAAUACAAUUUGCGCCACCUGAAAAUGAAUACCAACAACAAAAACAACAACAACAACAACAACAACAACAACAACAACAACAACAACAACAACAACAACAAGUACAAUCACCUCAAUAUCAUCAACAAUAUAAUAAUCAAUAUCAAAUGCAUUCACUACAUCAUCAUAUGGUACCAUUAGUAUUUGAUUAUCAACCAAUAUUUAUAAAGAAUCAUAUUGAUAUUGCAGAGUAUUUAUUUAAGAAUCACAUUCAUUUAAUUGAUAAUGGUGGCGGAGGCAUUAUUAGUGGUAUGAAUAAUAAUAAUAAUAAUAAUAAUAAUAAUAAUAAUAAUAAUAAUAAUAAUAAUAAUAAUAAUGGUCAAAAUGUAAAUAAUAACAAACUAUUAAUAUUUGAUAAUGCAUUUAACCAAGGAUAUGUGGAAAUGUGUAAUUUAAUUCUACAUUAUUUACCACAAAUUUUCUAUAUCGAUAAUGAUAAUAUCAUGAAAACAAUUGAAAAUUGUUCAAUUAACAUUCUCUUAUAUUAUUAUUAUUUCUUUAAUAGUCCAAAUAAUGGUGAUAAUAGUAAUACAAACUCUUUAACUAACUAUGUCAUUGAAACUUUAAAUAGUCACAAUGAUUAUAAAAUUUUAAAAUUAAAUUAA